AUGUUGUACUCGAUUAUGCCAACAGGCGGCUUGAUCGGUACCGGCAUCGUGGUGAGGGCCAGGAAAUGUCCGUCAACACCCAUGAGUGAUCGCGUGCUCCGGCCACGCAAAACACCAACGGGCCAUUCAUCACAUCAAACUGUCGGAACCAAGCAGCAAGAAAGCAGUGGUAUGGGAGGGGCUGCGAUUGAUCGAAAGAGAAAGCGAUCUGUGAAAGAGAACGACCAGGAGGAUGCAAGCAAAAAAUCAUCCAACAAGAGAAAGGUUCGCGAUGACGGUAAUGAUUCUGCGUCCGAACGACCAAAAACGAAAGCCGCCAUGAGAUUAGGCAACAUUCUCUGCGCUACUGCCCCCGAUGAGGAUAUAGGGGCCACUGGAGAGAACGACGAGAAGGACAAUGGUUGCAAAGUGAGGGGAGAGGAGUAG